AAAAUAUCCUGCACGUGUGUAAAAAUUACUUGGAAAAAAUAAUAUCUAGUUAAAAAUUAUGAAUCCGGUUGUUAUUGCUUCAGAAUCUGGCAGUCAAAAAUUAUGUUUACCUAUUGAAGAUUUCAUUAAAUUGGAAUGCUAUGUGGGUGCUCCAGUAAAAGUGACAACUUCCAAAGGAACAUUUAUUUGCAAGGUAUAUCCCAGAACUGGUUUCAAAAAUGAUGCUAUUAUUGAGAAUACAGUUCAAAUAUAUAGCGAGCGGCGAAAGUUUCUCCUCAUCAAGCCGUUAUUAGUUGCAGGUCAGCUAUGUGCUUCAAAACUGACCACUAAACCAGCAAUGGCUGUAAGUGUAACUAUUGUGACGAAUAGUUAUCAGACUGUUGGCAAUUUGAAAAAAUGCAAACUACCCCUUCUAGUGAAAAGCCUUCUUUCAAACAAGAUCAUCUCCCAGUUGUCAUCUAUAAGUGUUGGCAAUUCCUUCCCAGCAGGGAAUGUUGAAAAGGUAUUGAUUCUUGAAACAAAACCUGGGGGCGAAGCACUAACAGUAUCAGCUAAAACGCAAAUCAAAAUUGAAAACAUUAUAACAGAAAAGUGGAUGCAAACACAAGAAAAAGUUCAAUCCACUAGACUAGGUGGAGUCGCUGAAACAUACAGAAAACUAAAAGAACUUGUGGUACAUCCCCUCGAGUAUCCAGAUGUGUUUUCUCAGUUAUGCGCACCUAGAGGAAUCCUUUUGCAUGGCCCACCAGGUUGUGGCAAAAGUUCCAUUGUUCAGCAACUGUGCGCGGAGAAUGGCCUAUUCUUGAUACCAGUAACGUGUUCGGACCUCUCUUCCUCCGAUCCCGGAGGAAGCGAAGAAAAGCUGAGAAAUAUUUUCAGAGAAAGUCUGAGUGUUUCGAGUCCGACGAUUCUCUUUCUUGAUGGUGUCGAUUCGAUAUGCCCAAAACGGGGUGGCCAGACGCAUACGAAUCGUUUGAUUACUUGUUUAACAGGCUUGAUUGAUGGCAUUGAUACCAACCGUAAUCUAACUGUCAUGGCAGCCACCAACAGACUUGAAGAUGUCGAUCCUUCUCUUCGUCGGCCCGGAAGACUUGAUAGAGAAGUUCAUCUCUAUGCUCCAAACUGUCAUCAACGAGAAGAAAUUAUCAAUGCCAUUUGUCAAGAUCUUGAAUUGGGUUAUUCAUCAGAAGAUGUUAGACAAGUUGCUGAAAUGACACCUGGCUUUGUUGGCGCUGAUUUAAACCUUUUGUGUCGUGAAGCUUUUUAUGUUUCCGAGGAUGCAAACCAACUAACCUUGCGAGAUUGGAAGGCAGCCAUUGGUCGUGUAAGACCGUCGGCAAUGAGAAACAACUCUGGAAAUGGCAAGUUUCGCCGAGUCAGCUGGGAUGAAGUGGGUGGAUUGGAAGAGGCCAGAAUGUACAUCCGCCGUAGUGUAGAAUGGCCGUUGAAAUAUCCCGAAGCUUUCGAAAGGCUGAAUGUCCCCCGACCAAAAGGCGUCUUGAUUUACGGUCCACCUGGCUGCGGAAAAUCGUUGUUAGUGAGAGCAGCAGCGUCCUCAUGCACAGCUUCAUUCCUGUCCAUUUCAGCAGCUGAACUCUUUUCACCAUUUGUGGGUGAUUCAGAGAAAAUGGUCUCGGAUCUUUUCCGUCGUGCCAGACAAGCUGUUCCAGCUAUUCUUUUCUUGGAUGAAUUAGACGCUAUGGUUGGAGGACGCACGAACGCCAAUCACGGUCGGACGGCCCAGCUGGGUGUAGUGGCUGCUUUGCUUCAAGAAAUGGACGGAAUAUCUUCCAGUCAGGGAGUUGUGGUGGUUGGGGCAACAAACAGACCCGACAAGAUUGACGGGGCAUUGCUUCGUCCUGGCCGUUUCGAUUCCUUAGUUCACAUCCCUCAUCCGGAUGAGGCGGCCCGUUUGGCUAUCCUCGAGUCCCUCAGCCGAAAGAUGCCGCUCAAAGAUGUUGAUCUCAAACAUGUGGCUGAGCGAACGAACCUCUUUUCAGGAGCUGAUUUAGAGUCGCUAACAAAAGAGGCUGCGUUGGGAGCCCUGGAAGAAGACAUGUCAGCUUUUGAAAUCCUUCAGAAACAUUUCGACCAAGCUCUUGCCAAAGUUGCUCCUUCUUUAACAGCGCAGCAAGUCAAUUUCUAUAGUGACUAUGCUUCAGGCAAAAGAAAAUGA